CGACGAAGUCCAUCUUUUCAACAAAAACAAGAAAAAAAUUUAGUGUUUGGAAGGUUGUUCGUGGGUAAUAACCUUUUCUUCAGCUUCUAGAAUGUCAUCUAAUCUCCGCCAAAUCAAAGCAAAGGCUUUAGCAGAGAAGAGACGAAAUGCAGCCAACAAGAAUGAAAAUGUAGAUUCCAUCUUCUUCCAGCAACUUAAGGAAGCUUCACUACAUCCCAGAAUAAUCAAACAGGCUAGACAAAGUGGCACUUUAAAUCUUUCUAAUCGUGGUAUUUCUGAAAUGCCUGACGUUGUUUGGAAUUUAAACAAGCUAUCUGCUGAAGAAACAAAAGCCUUAUCGUUAUCUUUGGAAUCAUCUGAAGAUGACCGCUGGUGGGAUCAUGUUGAUCUCACAAAGUUGAUUUUUGCGUCAAACUCGUUGAAGUCCAUAUCUCCAGAAAUUUCCAACUAUCCUGCUCUGAAUACUCUGGAUUUACAUGAUAACUGCUUGUCAAGCUUACCUGAUACGGUAGCUGAGCUACGCCACAUUACAAAACUCAAUUUAAGCCGGAACCAGUUUGAAUUGGUACCAGAAUGCGUCUUUCAAUUGAAAGCUUUGAAAGUCUUUCAGAUUCAACAUAACAAGCUGAAAUCACUCAAUGAUGACAUUGGGAAUCUUUCGUUUCUGGAAGAACUGGAUCUUUCAAAUAAUGUAUUGAAAAAAGUUCCUCACUGCAUAGGAUUUUUAUCUAGGCUUGUUAACUUAAAUCUUUCAAACAAUGAACUGUUAUCUCUUCCAGUUGAGCUUGGAGAUAUGGCAGCUUUAAAACACCUGGAUGUUUCUAAAAACAAACUCAAAAUGUUACCAGAAUCAGUUGAAAUGCUUCGCCACCUGGAGCAGCUUUACCUUCAGCACAAUAAUAUUUCUACCUUACCUGCUUUACAGUGCUGUACAUCUUUAAAGGAAUUGCAUGCUGGAUUCAAUUGCAUCAGUGAGCUAUCUUCAGAGUUUAUUGAAAGCAUUGCUGGCAUAAAAAUUCUGGACUUCCGGAACAAUAAGAUUGAACAGGUUCCUGAUAAUAUCUGCACAUUGCAAGCCCUGGAAAGACUAGAUGUUUCCAAUAAUGCUUUGUCAAAUUUGCCUUACACUCUGGGGACAUUACCUCACUUGAAGUUUUUAGCCAUUGAGGGAAAUCCAAUGAGAAGCAUCAGAAGAGAUAUCAUUCAAAGAGGAACAGUUCAACUCUUGAGAUGGCUACGCAGUCGCAUCGAAGAUCCGUCUGCCUUGAGAGGCAUGUCUGGCUUGUCGGUGAGUGAGACAGAUGGUUCGAAUAACCCUUCUUCAGAAGUGGACAAAUAUGCCUUGAAGUCAACUAAGUCCUUAUCAUUAUGCAAUAAAAGUAUGAAUACAAUCCAAAGGCAAGUGAUAGAAACAGCCUCUGAAGCUGGUGUAACUUCAGUAGAUUUGAGUAAAAAUAACCUAUCUGAAGUUCCAGAUUAUUUUAGUAUGAUCUUGCCUAAAAUUACUGAGCUCAACUUGGGGCACAACAGAUUGUCAUCUGUUCCAAGCUUCAUUGGAUCUGCAGCAAAUUUGCAGUUUUUAGAUUUAAGAAACAACCAACUUCAAAGCUUACCAAGUGAGAUCUCAAGCUUAGUCAACCUCAGAGAAAUCAAUAUAUGCUUCAAUAAGUUUCGUGUACUUCCUCCAUCCUUAUAUGCAUUGAAACGACUAGAAAUUAUUCUUGCAUCCGAUAACCAAAUAGAAGAUAUUGAUGUUUCGGGGCUAUCUCAGCUACCCAUGCUAGCAUCAUUAGAUUUGCACAAUAACAGCAUAAAAAAUGUGCCACCGGAGCUUGGUAAUAUGAUCCAAUUAAGGUCUUUGCUACUUGAUGGGAACUUGUUUAGGAAUCCUCGACCAGCUAUUUUGUUGAAAGGAACAAUUGCACUGCUGGAAUUUCUGAGAAGUCGUAUACCACAAAGCUAA